GCAGCACGUGACAGGGGGUGGAUCACGUGUCAACGGAAGAAGGUUUGUUUUUCCUUUGGAAAAAAGUCGAGGAACAAUGUUUGGAAAGACGACUUUUAGUUGUAUUCUGUUUUGCCCUCAAAUGCAAACAAACAGUCUUAAAUAGGACAUUAAAUAUUUCGGUACACCGAAACUAUUUUGCCGCGUCUUAAAGCUUGUUUGACGCUCCGUUUGGAAAUCUUGAAGCUGCAGAGAUUGCAAGGAGGAAGAAGGGAAUUUCGAAGGGACGAACCGAGAGAGAUUAAAUCAGAGCUUUGCAAUGUGUUUCAACUUAAUUCGGAUACACAUGGAAUCACGUUUAUAUUUUAAAACACAGAUUAGUGUCUGUGUCUCAUUAAUAUCAUAAUUGGGACUUAUCAUUUGCUAUCAAGAAGCUCAAAAUGGCGGAGGGCUGGCCCAUCCCCCAGGCCCUGCUCCUGCUCCUGCUCCUGCUCGUAGUGAGUGUUGCGGGCCUGGACACUUGCCCUUCUCCCUGUACUUGUUCCGCUGGUCCAGGUGCAGCACAGUUGCUGGAUUGCAGUAGGAAGAGACUGACUGCUGCAGCUCUGGAAGCUCCGGUCUGGAUCACACAUGCGUUUAUGAAUCAGAAUGAACUUACAGAGCUGCCUUUUCUUGGAGAUGUCUCAUCCAACAUCACAGCGCUGUCGCUUGUCCAUAACCGAAUCUCUGAAGUUGUGGCGGAGCAGCUGUUGCCAUAUUCAUCUCUGGAAAGUCUGGACUUGAGCUCUAAUUCUAUAUCUGAGCUGAAGGCCGGGUCAUUCCCUCCCAUGCAGCUGAAACAUCUAAACCUGAGCAAAAAUAAGAUAAGUUCCUUGGAGCCCGGUUGUUUCGGAAACAUCAGCUCACUUCUGGUGUUGAAGAUAAACCAGAACAGACUCUCUGUGCUGCCUGAUAAAGUCUUCACCCUCUCUCAGCUCCAAGUCUUAGAGUUGAAGCGCAACAGGAUUCGUGUGGUGGAAAGUCUCAUUUUCAAAGAACUGAAGGCUCUUAAAUCGUUAAAGAUGCAGCGCAAUGGCAUCACAAAGCUGAUGGAUGGAGCUCUCUUUGGUUUGGAAAACAUGGAGGAACUAGAGUUGGAGUAUAAUAAUCUGACCGAGCUGAAUAAGGGCUGGUUAUAUGGCCUGCACAUGCUCCGGAUUCUGCAGGUAAAUCAGAACAAUAUUGGACUCAUCCGAGCCGAUGCCUGGGAGUUUUGCCAUCGCCUGGAGGAGCUGGAUUUGUCCUUCAAUCACUUGAGUCGACUGGAGGAUUGGGUGUUUUCUGGUCUCGGUCUCCUGCAGAGUCUCAACUUGGGGGACAAUCAAAUCUCACACCUGGGAGAAGGAGUGUUCAGCAGCCUGGCUAACAUCCGCACAUUGGACAUCCGAAAUAAUGAGAUCUCUCUUGCCAUCGAGGACUUGGUUGGCAUGUUUGUGGGUUUGAAGAGGCUGAACUCGCUAGUUCUACAGAACAAUAAAAUCAGGACCAUCACUAAGAGAGCGUUUGAGGGGCUGAUGGAGCUGGAGCAUUUGGACCUGAGUAAGAAUGGCAUCAUGUCUAUUCAUCCUGAUGCUUUCACUCACUUAAAACUUAAAACACUUGAUCUGAACACCAGCAGCCUCCUGUGUGACUGUCAGCUGCAGUGGUUGGCUCAGUGGUUGAUUGACAGUCAGUUCCAGCAAUCCUGCGUUGCCGUCUGUGCUCAUCCCUCCUUCCUGGCAGGAUCUAGUGUGCUUGCUAUUAAACCAGAGGAUUUUGUCUGCAAUGACUUCCCUAAACCCCAGAUCAGCGCUCAUCCCAAGACCGCUGUGGCCUUGCGUGGGACCAACAUCACUCUAAACUGUUCUGCUUUCAGUAGCAGCGAUUCUCCCAUGAGCACCGCCUGGCGCAAAGAUGGAGAGGUGCUGUAUGAAGCUCAGGUGGAGAACUAUGCUCGGUACCAGGAUCACCGCCUCCUCUACACCACCGUACUCCACCUGCUUAAUGUCAAUUUCACAGAUGAAGGCCAGUACCAGUGUGUGGUCUCCAACCAUUUUGGAUCCAACUACUCCACUAUGGCCAAGCUCACUGUUAAUGAGCUCCCCACCUUCCUGAAGACACCCAUGGACCUGACCAUCCGCACCGGUACGGUCGCUAGGUUGGAGUGCGCUGCGGAGGGACACCCGACACCGCAGAUCGCCUGGCAGAAAGACGGUGGUAUCAAUUUCCCUGCAGCCCGUGAAAGAAGGAUGCAUGUCAUGCCAGAUGAUGACACUUUUUUCAUUGCUAAUGUGAAGACGGAGGAUAUGGGCGUCUAUAGCUGUACAGCCAAAAACGAGGCGGGCACCCUGUCAACCAAUGCCACUCUUACUGUGCUUGAAACCCCAUCCUUCCAGCGCCCUCUAGAGGACCGUAAUGUUGCCCGAGGUGAGACUGCUGUCCUCCAGUGCAUAGCACGUGGUAGUCCUGCGCCCCGUCUCAACUGGACCAAAGACGAUGCCCCGUUGGUGCUGACGGAACGUCACUUCUUCGCCGCAGCCAAUCAGCUCCUCAUAAUCGUAGAUGCCAGCCCUGGUGAUGCAGGGAAAUACACGUGCAUCAUGUCCAACACGCUUGGCACGGAGCGCGGUCAUAUCUACCUCAGCGUCUCACCCUCAGCCAACUGUGACCAGGUGACCAGCAUAUACAGUCAGGACGGAUGGACAACAGUUGGCAUAGUAGUGAUGGUGGUCGUCUGCUGCGUCGUCGGCACAUCGCUUGUGUGGGUCAUGGUCAUUUAUCACAUGAGGAGGAAGAGUGAAGACUACAGCAUAACAAAUACAGAUGAGAUGAACCUACCAGCAGACAUUCCCAGUUACCUUUCAUCUCAAGGUACGCUGUCCGAGCCUCAGGAGGGCUACAGUAACUCCGAGAAUGGAAGCCACCAGCAGCUAAUGCCGUCUCAUGCUAAUGGUUACGUCCACAAAGGCACUGACGGAGUAUGUUAUGGUGAAGUGAGCAGUGAUGUUGAUCCAGAUGCUAAUGGACUAGGUAGUCGAGUGGGCUCUUUCUUUGCAGGACGUAGCAGCUUCCACCGGAGUGAACCCAGAGAGGGACAGGCAAAUGUCCAUAAUGGUGGACCAGGCCCUCUAGUCAUCUGUUCAGACUGCUACGACAAUGCCAACAUCUACUCGCGCACGCGUGAGUACUGUCCAUACGCCUACCUGACAGAGGACGACUCACUUGUGUCUCAGAUCUCUCGGGAUGGACACCAGAGCAGCCAUCAAGAGCGGGAUCAGCACACGGAGCACGCAGAUGCGGCACUGGAGAGUUUUAUAAGUCAGCAGAAUGCCUCUGUGUUCCUCACUAACCAUGAACCACGACUACCAGCGUCACAACACUAUAGCACUGAUGUGCCAAGCAGGUCAUUUUGGGAUGGUGAAGAAACCCACUCUUCUAUCCUCACCCAGGGCUCAGUUACUGUACACAAGCCCCCGAUGGGUCUGUCCGCAGGGGACGGCCGAGAGGACAGGAGGGGGGCACUAGAGGAAGGCUCAUACAGGACUAACCCACAGGAAAGCACCUCCGCACCCACAUAAAGCUAGCCAGCACUGUCUUCCCUCUAAACAUCACCACUUUGUCUUUCAGUCACCUCCCAGUGCCCUCAGCCCACUACCUCCUUUGAGAAGCCUCAUUGUCUGCCAAAUGAAAUGCCUCUCUCUUCAAUGUUUACACUGCCUCUCUUGUCCCUCCCCUCCGUCUGCCUUUGUAGCUCACUGAGAUGUGUGUGUUUUGUGGAAAACUCUUUCAAACAUCCUGCCUUCACCAUUCCUCAGCUAACGGACUGGUUUGAGCCCUGAAUGUAACAUUUCCAAGAGCUCCUCUAGUCCUACCGUAACGUGUGAUGUACAAAUUAUACCACGUUUGGUUUUCCCGCCUACUUAAGAGUGUUGAACCUGUUUGCAUAUGCCAAAGCUUGGCCCAGACUCCCCUAUAACUUGCUUUUGCUCUGGUACAAAAUCUGUACGAAUACUGACUGUGAAGACUGGACUGCCAAAAGAGGGCAGUGAUGUUCUCUGAGUGAUGUCAGAGGGCCAAUUACCUGUGUUGCAUUUCUUAUUCCUACUGGCAAGCGAUACGGACUGAUGACCAAUAAUGUUUAAACAGAGUUGACGGCUUUGUUGUUUCCACUGUUAUUCCGGAGGUACUGUUAUUAAUCAUUAAUAAUGCUUUUUUUGUGUUGUGUUUCUCACGAACCUAAACACAUUCCUUAAUUUCUCUUUCUGUUUUAAGGGACUAUAACAGACAGUAAUAAAAAUGUUGCGGAUAUGUUGCACCUUUGACAAUCUGGCCGGGACAGCCUUAUACAAAUCAUGAUAUGCUAACUUUUUACACUUUUAUUUUAUUUUUUUCCUAUAUUAAGCUUAUGUGUUGUUACAUAAUUUUUUGCAUUCUUGCAAAUGCGCAUCUAAUAGAAUUGCAAAUUUAUUUGAUUGAUCGGUAUGACUGAGCACCAGUGGAGUGCUUUUGGGGCGGAGCUACAUUCUCACUGACCAAUAGGAGAGUGGGGGAGCAUUUGAAUUUUUUUUUAUGCAAUUCCAUUUGGUGCCCUAGUAGUGUAGAAAUCACUCAGUUCAUCUUUAAAAUGCGUGUAUGCUGCAUUUGAAAUCCGUUGUUACUGCUGGAUCAAACUGGUAUCGUCUUAUUGAGUUCUUUGCCUUUUUUGUUGUAAAGCUCAUAUAGGUGUUCAGAUCAUCGUCUUAAUUUGAGGUCAUUUUUAUUGUUUUGGCCUUAGAAGUACAGCUGGAUUUAGAUAUUUUUUGCCUGUAAACAUUGUCUUAAGAGCCUGUGUUCAAAACCUAAGAUACUGUCUUGCUGCCCACUCAUGAAAACGGACACCUUUUAAAGAAACUUUCAAGGCACUGUAACAUCACGUCACGUUCACAGAUUCACAAAAUGUAUAAAUUGGAAUGUAUUUUUUAAAACUAAUGCCGAAACUGCAUAUAUAGGAUCUUAGUGGACCAGAUGUUAUGCAACAAUUUGAUUCAAAUAUGCUUUUAUGCCUUCCUACCUCUAGAUCAGCAUUUUUCAGGUUUCCACUACAUAGUUUUAAAAGGUGCACAAAUUUACACAUGAAUUCGCCAAGCUGACCAACAGAAAGCUACUUUGUUUAAAAGUGAUUGUGUGAGCCGUUCUUUAUUCAUCGCUAUGCUAUUGACAACAGAUAUUGGACCUUUUUUUGCUUGCAAAAUGUCACUGAUGUUUCGCUAAUGUGAUCACUACAAGGCUGCGUAUUUUAGAAGUGGCAUCUGAUUAGAGAGGGCUUCAUGAUUCGCUAUACUAGUGAUAAUAGACCUACUUUGCCAAAGUUUAACUAAUGUGACUGCGCCGGAAGAUUUGAAUUCGCAUCAAUGCUUGAUGAUCCAAACCAUGUGUGUGGAUCCCUGAUUAAAUGUUGACCAUUCUUUUUGUAAGAAAGCUCCACAACAAAUCAGUACACUGAUAUUUUGCACCAUCUGAGCAUACAAAAGCUGUAUCUUGCAUUGUAGCAGAUAUUUAUGGUCACUGUCUUUUAAUAGAAAAUAUUUAUUUUCAACCACUUCCCAAAAUGUAAUAACUUACCCCCUGAUUUGCAUAUUAAUUUGUUGCAUUGUGCACAAUCUCUUGCCUUGCUGUUAGCUGUACAAUGACACUAAUCCGAGACCUUGAUGUCAAAUGAUGCGUCUGAAACCCCCCUGCGUCGGUUUCCCUUGUUGAAAGGAAAGGAGUGUCAUCAGUGGCUUCCAGCCACGCUAAAAACCUCUUCAUUUUUCAAAUGACUGUUAAUGCUUGCGGGAGAUUAGCGCAAAGCAGUUUAAAAUUGAAUCGUGGUUUUAUUUUACUCUGAAUUAUUUGGGACUUUGUUUGAAUCUUUAGAAAUGGACAAGUGUGAUUUUCACUUUCAGUUCUUUUUGGUUUACACCAAAGAAGAUUCACAAACCAAAGUUUAGCCUUAGUGCUUUGACAAUAUUUAAAUGCUGCUUUUUAUGUUUUGUAAUUUUUUUUGUGUGUAUUUCUGUAUGCUGUACCUGUACAUUCUGUAAAGCAUGUAUAAAGAAAAUUGUUUCAGAAAAUUCUGACAUUUAGCUGAUAUUUAAACAAUAAAAAGAAUUCAGAUGCA